AUGGUUAUUCGUUCUGCAAGGAGCAUAAGGUCGUAUUUGCAAAAGGCGUCGAAGAGCCUUCUGGACGAUGGUGAGGAAUUAAGAAGUCGUGUCUGGUCCUUCAUUCGGAGUGGGUAA